UGGUCAACUUUUACAGAAACCUAUUAGUGUCUCAGUCAUGACGCGCACUCAACAGAGAAACAUCCUCUUUUGGAGGGCCAUUGGUCUUCUCAUCUCUGUCUCUCCCUCCGCUGCUGCAGAGAAUGUCAGUUUAAAUCAGCAGACUUGCUUUGGACGAGUUGAAAUCUAUUACAACAACAGCUGGGGAACUGUCUGCGAUGACACAUGGGACAUGAAGGACAGUGAAGUGCUUUGCAAACAGCUGAAUUGUGGGAGAGCCCUGGAGGCUCCAGGGUCAGCUCGGUUUGGUACAGGAAGUGGACACGUCUGGCCUCAUACUUACACAUGUUUGGGAGACGAAAGCUCUUUACAGAUGUGUAAAAACGAAUCAAGUGACUCUUCAUGUGGUCACACUCAGGACGCAGGUGUUCUCUGCUCAGGAGCCCUGCAGCAGCCCAGCAUCUCUCUGACUUACCCAGAUGGAGGGCCCAUCAUCUCCGGACAAGCAGACGUCACAGAGGGUCACAGAUUUGUCUUCACCUGCUCAGUUAACUCCGGCUACACUCCGGGGGUUUUUAUUCUCAAAUUCUCUGGUUCCAGUCCUGGUCUAAAAUCUGAAAACACCUCCAGCCUUUCUGUGUCCUUUGACUUCCCAGUGGCUGAUCAUAAGGACCAGGGCGACUAUAGUUGUGUUUACGAAAUAAGACUGGGACAGACUCACAGGUCUAACGAGACAGAAAGAAUUCACAUCGUCAUUAAAAUCUCUUUGUUGAAACUGCUGAUCUACUCAGUUCCUGCUGGGGUUGCACUGCUGAACCUCACGACUUUGUUGGUUGUCUGUCUGGUCCGAAGAAGACGGAAACGCAAAAAGCUUCACAUCAUACAAAAUCAACUAUAUACGCAACACUGUUCUGAAAAGGAUCAUGAGGAAGAAGAGGAGGAGGCGGACUAUGUGAACGUUAUCCCAGGGGAAACCCAAGAACAGACCGACCCAACUGAAGAAGUGAAGGAAAGCGAUGAAGAUGGCAACGAUUACGAAAGGACGGAGGACGAAAAUGACUACGCCCGGAGAAUGGAAUGUUGUGUUGUUGUAGAGGAUGAAGAAGACACGCUCUCAGAUCAAGAAGAAAGCAGCGAUGAUGACAACGAUUAUGUAAAUGUAUCUCACUUAUUGCCAGAACAAGAUGUGGACAUUUACGGAAAAGAGGAUAUUUAUCAAAACUUUUAGUUUGAAAAAUGCAGCAAAAGGUGGUUCAGAAUGCCUGUGCUCGGCUUCUGACCAAGUCCUCCAAACACACCCACAUCACCCCGCUUCUCCUGCAGCUUCACUGGCUGCCAGUCAACUUCAGGGUUCAUUUCAAGAUCCUGGUUCUGGUCUAUAGGGCCUUACAUGGACAAGCACCAUCUUACAUUGGUGAUCUUCUCAGUACCUACACCCCCAGCAGGUCCCUGUGGCCCAGUGACCAAAGCCUACUGGUUGUGCAGCCCCCAGCUAAAGGUCAAAGGUGACAGAUCAUCUGCUGCUGUGGCCCCCAGACUCUGGACCUCUCUCCCCCUGAGCCUGAGAUCAGUGGACUCAGUGGUCUCCUUUAAAAAGCAGCUGAAAACUCACCUGUUCAGGCUGGCUUUGGUGUGACCUUCAUCACCCUCUCCUUGUUCUGCUCUCACCACCUAUUCCACCUUCAGGAUCUGCUAGUUUGUCUCUUUCCUUUUCACUGCCUCUCUCUUUCUUUACACUUUUUAAUCACAAUUGUCUAUUUUUUGCUCAUUUUAAAUAUAUUUUUAAUCAUUUUCUAAAUUCUUUUUAUAUUUUUUGUUUUUGUGAAGCGCCUCGUGAUUUUUAUCUUGAGAGGUGCUAUAGAAAUGAUAUUUUCUUCUUUCUUCAAAACCUCAUUCUUCAAAAAGUAGUUUCAUGUGUAAGCUUCUACGUCACACGAACCUCUUCUCUCCUACAACGUUAGGAGUCUCAAUAAAUUAAAUACGUCUAACACUGUUCUUAAACAGAAGAUAUUGGUUGUAAAUGUUGAAGUGUGUCAUUAAAACUUCCAAAGUUU